CAUGCACUCAGUCUCGAUUUUUAUUCGGUUCACUAAAGAACUCUAUUUGCAUCAUUUAAACAAACAGGAAUCAGAAUGAAGUUCCUUUUGGUAGCAGUGCUCUUCCUUGCCUUCGUAGCCAGCUCUUUUGCGUUUAAGAAUGCGGCCUGUGGAGAACAAUUUGCCAAUAUUGGCAUUGGAAGAGGUUUCUUCCCGAGUUGGUCCUACGACAAGAAUACCAACAAAUGUCUUCCGUUUAUCUAUGGCGGAGUUGGAGGAAAUUCAAAUUCAUUCCUUUCGGAAGAUAAAUGUAUCGAGACAUGUGUUGAAUAGUUUAUUCCAAAUAUCACUUUAUUAUUCAACAUUUUAAACCAACAUACAUAUAUUCUUAAAUACAAAAUGGAAUAUCUAUAAUUCUGAGUCUUUUUUGUUGCUCUUAAUAAAGUUGUAAGGCAUAACUAAAGUGUCACUCUAUAAUAAUGAAGCACGGGUUAUUCUCCCCCUUUCAGGGUAAUAAAAGAAAACGCUAAAC